AAACUUGCAUAGAUAUCAAAGUUUUGAUUUUAGUGCAAAAAAGAAAGAAAAGUAAAAUGGGAGCUAAUGCAUCAAACAUGGAGUGCUAUGGCCAUACAUCAUCAACACCACACCCAUCCUCAUCUCACAUUAUUACCUUCCAUUCCACUGCCAAAUGGAAGGCUCACUUUGAUGCCUCUAAAUUAACUAACAAGCUGAUGGUGAUCGAUUUCACUGCUACCUGGUGUGCUCCUUGCAAAUCCAUGGAUCCAAUUAUCCAAGAGUUUGCUUAUAAAUACACACAAGUUGAGUUCAUCAAGAUUGAUGUGGAUGAAUUGAUGGGGGUUUCUCAAGAAUUUCAGGUGCAAGCAAUGCCAACAUUCGUUCUGAUUAAGAAAGGAAAAGUUGUUGAUAAGGUUGUCGGUGCAAGAAAGGACCAACUCCAAAAGCUAAUUGAGAAGCAUACAAAUUGAACCAACUCAUGAUGAGUACGUGUUUGUGUGUGAUUUUGGAUCUUCAAUUCCCAUUUGGUCGUCAUCAAUCGUGAGGGAAAAAAAAUAAAAGAUGAUGCAUGGUGUUCUGCUUAAUUAAUUAGAUCAUCCUCUUAAUUACUUAAUUAAUUAAUGUACUCUGAUUUAAUUUGUUGGCUUUUAAGUUUUGUUUGAGAAAUGUAAGGCCACCGUGCAAAAGCAUUUGUCUAUUCCAAUGAAAAAUAUACUCGU